UGGGACAACAAAAAGGAAUCCACUCCGUUCUUUGUGCUACCGUUGUGAUUUAUAUAUAUUUUAUUCCGCCCCUUUUUUUUCCUUCUCUUUCUUUCUUUUUUUCUUUCUUUUUAUUCAGCAAAAAGAUGACUACCACAUCGAUACUUUCGGACAGACAAAAAGAUGAGUUGCACAAGGCGAUAUUAGAUUAUUUAAGUGCCAGUGGAUUUAAUCAGUCCUUUUCGGCCUUAAAAAGCGAGUCAGAGAACCCAGAUUUCGUAGCGGAUCCCAAGCAAAAGUAUGCAGGACUUUUGGAAAAGAAGUGGACGUCUGUGAUUCGACUACAAAAGAAGAUUAUGGAGCUGGAAACCAAGUCAACACAGAUGCAGGAGGAACUGAAUAACGCUCCUACUCGUAAACCAACCAGUUCUGUCGAUUGGAUCCCUAGAGCACCAGAGAAAUUCGCCUUGAUGGGUCACCGUAACCCCAUCACACGCGUCGCAUUUCAUCCUCUCUACCAAGUACUCGCUUCCGCUUCCGAAGACACUUCCAUCAAGAUUUGGGAUUAUGAGUCGGGAGAGUAUGAGCGUACCUUGAAAGGUCACACUAAGGCUGUACAGGACAUUACAUUUGACUCCAAGGGGAACCAUCUAAUCUCGUGCUCCGCUGACUUGACAAUCAAAGUAUGGGACACAAACAAUGAUUAUAAAUGUAUCCGCACCUUGUACGGACACGACCACAGCGUUUCGUCUGUGGCUGUUAUACCCACCACCGAUAUCAUUGUCUCUGCCUCACGCGAUAAGACCAUCAAGUUAUGGGAGAUGGCCUCUGGUUACUGUGUUAAAACACUCGUAGGUCAUCUCGAAUGGGUGCGCGACGUCUCCCCCAGUGAAGAUGGUCGUUUACUCGUCAGUUGCUCCAACGAUCAAACUGCCCGUGUGUGGGACAUACAAAAGGGUGAGACCAAGAUGGAUUUCAGAGGCCACGAUCAUGUUGUUGAAUGUGUCAUCUUUUUACCCGUCUCUUCUUACCCAUUUGUUUGGGAGUGGUUAGAAGCUAAUGUCAAGUCAAAUAAGGAUCAGGCAGUGCCUGGUCAAUACAUCAUUACAGGUUCCAGAGACAAGACGAUAAAGCUAUGGGAUGUCUCCACCGGACAACUCUUAAGCACUCUGGUUGGCCAUGAUAAUUGGGUGAGACAGUUGGUAGUGCAUCCCAGCGGCAAAUACUUGGUGAGUGCCAGUGACGAUAAAACAAUCAAGAUUUGGGAUCUACGAAGUGGUCGAUGUGUCAAGACAAUUGAAGCGCACUCGCACUUUGUCACGUGUUUAGCCUACUGUCAUACCACACCACUGGUUGCCACCGGCAGUGUGGAUCAAUCCAUCAAGAUAUGGCAGUGCCGAUGAUGAUUUUUAAUAAAGAGAGAGAAAAAAAGAAAAAA